AUGGAGCAAGCGGUGCCAACUUCCCCGACUCGACUGAAGAAUCUCGACCUGCCUCCGCUUCCAAAUCAGCCUGCGGCACCAGCCAGCAGCCCGGACGAUGAAAGCAAGAGCCACACGAUCAACCAGGUGACUGAGCUACAAGAAUCACUCCUCGCGUACAUUCAGCGGGUCGACACAACAAAAUCCGAGUAUAUCAAGAUCUCAAAGGAAAACGAGCUGCUGCUGGAUUACAUCAACAACCUGAUGGAAGCCUCCGGCACCGCCGUCCAGACAGGCACACCCGAGCCCGCAAAGAAAAAGUACCUGGACCACUAG